ACAGCUAACUGUUAUUCAAUCAGGCAAAACACGAUUCGCUCUCACCCCAUACCUGGGGAUGGCCAAUAAUCUUGGUGGUUGUUGUGCAGAGUAACCAAGUUUUUCCAGUUGGCAAACCCCUCUCAUGCCUGCUUCUGCGCAUUAUCAUCAUCAGCCAGAGACUGUAAAGGAGCGACAGCUAAAGGAAAAGUCCAAUAAGUAGAAAAUUUCCCAACCGUGUGUUUUUUCCACAUUGUGUGUGUAUGUGUGUUUGUGCGUAUUUGUCUCUCUCUCACCAUACAGCCAACCAUCCAUCCACAACGCCAUAACCAUCCAGAGCGUGUUUUUCGGUGUGUGAGUGCGCGCGCUGCGGUCUUUACAUUUCUUUGCGCUCCAACUGCGAUAACUACGAGAAGGAAAAUUUCACAUAGGAAACGCAUCGCAAAGUUGGAAAAUGUAGAUACAAACUUUUUCUCUGCUCUGUGUGUUAAGUGUGCUUCGUUCGUGUCGAAAAAGAAAGAUUAAAAGUAGUAGUACUCUAGUACUCUCUAGUUUAAAAUAUAUUUUUAACAGAAGAACAAAAAAACUAGAAAAAAAAACAAUAAAAAUAAUAUUAGAAAAAAAUUGAAAAAAAAUAUAAAAAGUAGUAGUGAACAACAACCUCAAGAACCUGAAAAUUUAGAAAAGCAUUUUUGUAGCCAUCCGCUAGUCAAGAAAAGAGCCACACAUACACACAAAACUGUUGAACGGACAAGGACUGAUUAGAAUUUACAUAUACAUACACUUCCGUUAUUCACAUUUUCCCCCUGAAUCUGGGUCAGUUGGAGUUGAGACAAGCCAGCCAUCGAGCGAGCGAGCGAACGAACGAACGAGCGAAGCAGUAGCCGCCGUCGUUGAUUUUUGUAGCUGUAGCAGAGAAAGCUGUAACACACUCACUCACAUACAUACGACGACAGACCAGCCGAAAAAAAGAGCCGAGUGAUUUUUAUUUAGUUCUUCUUUUUUGUCACGGCGGAAGAGUGGAAGAGCGCCAGCGGAGAAGUGCCUGGUGUGCCGACAACGACGACAUUCACUCACCACCACCAUCAACAUCAUACCAUCAUUAGGGCCUACGUCGCCGCCACCACCAAUCCAUACGACAAGGAGGUGUGCCAGUCACACACAGAGAAACAAAUAGAAGAGCAGAAAAGGCAGUAGAAGAACAAGAAGAAGAAGAAGACGCAGAAGAAAAACAGUGUUAAAAAUCAAUUGUAUCGACGACUAGCCAGCCAACAUCGCGCUAACAUUGAGUGACUGCAGCAGGUCCUUUUUUUGAAUUUUCCAUUCGGAAAGGAUUUGAAAAUUUCCAAAGAAAAGAAAAUCGAGUCUUCGUAUUUCCAAAAAGAAACAGAAAAAACUCUUCUCAGAGCAAGAUUACAACUCCUCGCUCACCCACACUCUCACUCACUGUUCGCUGUGGAAUUCCCUUCUCCUCCCACUCCUUGUGAACGACUUUCUCGCUAAGGGGUCUCUGGAUUCAUUGCCGCAAUAGAUUUUCUGAAGUGUGCCAUCGCGAUGGCUGCUCCUGCAGCCUGUACGCGUUUCUCGGACAACUAUGAGAUCAAAGAGGAGCUGGGCCGAGGCGCAUUUUCCAUUGUGAAACGUUGCGUACAGAAAUCGACAGGAAAUGAAUUCGCCGCCAAGAUCAUCAAUACAAAGAAAUUGACCGCACGCGACUUCCAGAAGUUGGAACGCGAGGCGAGAAUCUGCCGCAAACUCCAUCAUCCCAACAUAGUGCGACUGCACGACAGCAUACAGGAGGAGAACUAUCACUAUCUGGUAUUCGAUUUGGUCACAGGCGGCGAACUGUUCGAGGAUAUUGUGGCACGCGAAUUCUAUUCGGAGGCCGAUGCAUCGCACUGUAUCCAGCAGAUAUUGGAGUCCGUUAAUCACUGCCACCAGAAUGGCGUCGUACAUCGGGAUCUGAAGCCGGAGAACCUGUUGCUGGCCAGCAAGGCGAAGGGUGCCGCUGUCAAACUGGCCGACUUUGGGCUGGCCAUUGAGGUGCAGGGGGAUCAUCAGGCCUGGUUUGGUUUUGCCGGCACUCCGGGCUAUCUGUCGCCCGAGGUGCUCAAGAAGGAACCCUACGGCAAACCGGUGGACAUUUGGGCUUGUGGUGUUAUCUUAUACAUUCUCCUGGUCGGUUAUCCACCGUUUUGGGAUGAGGACCAACACCGCCUGUAUUCCCAAAUCAAGGCUGGAGCUUAUGAUUAUCCAUCGCCCGAAUGGGAUACGGUAACACCAGAAGCCAAAAAUCUAAUCAAUCAAAUGCUUACCGUCAAUCCCCACAAACGUAUCACAGCUGCUGAAGCCCUCAAACAUCCCUGGAUAUGCCAACGCGAACGUGUCGCCUCCGUGGUUCACCGCCAAGAAACUGUUGAUUGCCUCAAGAAGUUCAAUGCUCGGCGCAAGCUGAAGGGCGCCAUCCUCACCACGAUGCUGGCCACGCGGAACUUCUCCAGCAAGAGCAUGGUGACCAAGAAGGGCGAGGGCUCGCCCGUCAAAGACUCCACAGACUCGUCCAAUGCCACCCUCGAGGAUGACGACGUCAAGGCCCGUCGCCAGGAGAUAAUCAAGAUCACCGAACAACUGAUUGAGGCCAUCAACAGUGGGGAUUUUGAUGCAUACACCAAAAUCGGUGAUCCGCACUUGACUGCGUUUGAGCCUGAGGCCCUGGGUAAUCUGGUCGAAGGAAUUGACUUUCACAAAUUCUAUUUCGAAAAUGUUUUGGGCAAAAAUUGCAAAGCUAUCAAUACCACAAUUCUCAAUCCUCACGUCCACUUGCUGGGCGAGGAUGCCGCUUGUAUUGCUUAUGUACGCUUAACACAAUAUAUUGAUAAACAGGGCCAUGCCCACACCCAUCAGUCGGAGGAGACACGUGUCUGGCAUAAACGCGACAGCAAAUGGCAGAACGUUCAUUUCCAUCGCAGCGCUUCGGGCAAAGUGAGUGGAGCAACGACAUUUGAUUUUACAUCGCAGAAGUAAUUGGAUGGCGAUGGCGAUGGCGACGAUGACGACGACAGUGACAGCGACGAUGAACAGUAACAGUAACAACAACGACGAUGACGACAACAACAUUAUCAGCAGCCGCAGUAACAUGAUGAACAACAACAUCAGCAGCAGCAGCACUACAACUUCGACGUUAAUGACAAAGACUUUGACGAUGACAACAACAACGCGACGACGACGACAAGCUGUCUACCAAAUGCCGUUUAAAAUAAAUUUUGAAAAAAAAGACUACUGUCGACACACCAACAACAGCAACACAACUAUUUACUAUUUAUUACAACAACAACAGCAGCAGCAGCAACAACAACAACAAUUCAAUGAUGAUGAUGGAGCAGAGAUAUGAGCAACACCAUGAACAAAACAACAUUUAGAGAAUAAGCCGACGUUGGAAACGAGAAGAGAAUAGAGCAUCAAGUGCAACAACAACAACAACUGAUUGUGGCGGCCAACAACAACAACAACACUACGCCGUGAUUGCUGCCCUCCCAAUGAUAAUCACUGACAUUUGAUGGCGAUGAUGACUAUCGAAGAGAAUAUCCAGAGAAAAAUCGAAUAACUUUUUUGGUUUUGUAAUAAAAGCUGAGAAGAACACAACAACAACAACAACAUCACAGUAGCAGCAGCAGCAACAACAACAACAACUACUACCACAAUUCUAUUUUAUUUAAAUUAUUUUUUUUUUUUUGUAACGAGAAGUGAAGUGAAGAAGAGCAGCAGCAACAUUGAGAAUGGACUAAACCGCUCAUCAACAGCAGAAAACCAGCCGGCCAUAGAUCAGCAGAUACUGCUGUACCCGGCCCACAACAUAACAUAACACAACCGAACCGAACCGAGAACAACAACAAUUUUCUUAACUUUCUUAAGGAACUCCCUUCUCUCUAUAUCCACUUACUCUACUCCCCGACACUACUCCUCCGCAACUCGAAAGCCAACAGGCGAGGAGAAGAACAUCCAAAAGAACGAAUCGAAUAUGCUCCGUAUUGGGUCGUACCCUAGGAUGAUGGACGAGAAGAGAGAUGAAGCCGACGAAGAAGAAGAAGAAGAAGAACAACAACAAGAAGAACGAGAACGAGAAGAAAGAACAAGCCGCAACAGCAGCAGCAGCAGCACUUGUCAGUGUAACAAAAUUACACAGAUAUUUUUUGCGUCUACGUCACCAUUUUUUUUCUUACUUUAGACUCUUAUAAAACAAAAACAAAAAAACAAAACAAAUAUACUUAUAAUUAUAAUUAUAAAAAUAAA